AUGUUCCGGGGAAAGCUAAAUCUUCUGCUUCAUUUAGUUGCACUUCCUAACCAAUAUAAUUUCUUAUAUGUUAGGUAUAUGGCAUACAUUAUGGACACCAACGAAGAGGAGAGGGUUAAGGGAAUAACUGUUGAAGUUGGAAGGGCACAUUUUGAAACAAAAACAACAAGAUUUACUAUUUUGGAUGCACCGAUUCACCCAUCUCUAUCCUUCCAAGCUUUUGAGACUCCUCUACGUUCAGUUCCUUGUGGUGCCCCAGUUCUUUAA